UGUUUCGAAGUAUCGCCGGGCUAGCGAGACCGACGUACGUCUAGGGGAGCAACAUAAUGUCUAUGCAGAUACCGUUAGCUGUCGUGGGUUUUCUCGUCCCGAUCGGAAUAGUUAGUUUGACCUAUGCCAUCUACCAGGAAAUGACCGACGUAGCUGAAUCUAUGGAUGAAGAUUCCAAAGCGUACGAUGCAUACGUAAAUUCUCCAGUGCCUACUUAUCAAUCGAUUUAUAUGUUCAACCUGACGAAUUACGAGGAUAUACUAAGAGGCAAACGGCCCAUCGUAACCGAGCUCGGCCCCUACGUAUUCAAAACAGUGACACAGCGAAAUAGCUCCUGGUACCAUGACCUGGUUGAAACAACUGAAGUAAACGCUUAUUAUUUCGAACCGAAUAUGUCUAAGGGAACUCUGGACGAUACAAUUUUUACCAUCGACCUUUAUGCCAUUACGCUGUUGGAUAUGCUGCAAGAGAAGCCGCACUUAAAAAACAUUUCAGGCAAUAUGACGGUGUUUUUCAAUAUGACAGUUCGGAAGCUGCUCUACGAAGGCUAUGAGGAGAACAACGAGUGGGCGGACAUCUUGCGAUUUCCCGGCAGCCUCGUCUCUUAUCUCCGACCUAAUAAUGGAAGCAUCACAAAAUAUCAAGUAUAUACAGGUCGAAGUGGACGUUCCAAAGACACCAACGCCUAUUAUUCAUGGCAAAAUAGCAAAACCCUCAACUACUUUAAGCCUGCUUGCAGUAACUUAGACGGCACAAAUGGCGAAUUCUAUCAACCCACACUGUAUCCACCAUUAAUCGUCAAGAUCUUCCGCCGAUCAUUGUGCAAACCGUGGAGAUUAUAUCUAAAGGAUCGCUUUUUACGUUUAGGGGAGCCUAUCGUCCGUUAUAAGGCACUUGCAGAUCUGUUCAGUGAAACAGGCGAUCCGGCUUUGGAUAGCUGUUAUAGUCCCAAUCCGACGCAUAGACAAGGAACUUUCGAUGCAACCUUGUGUUAUAUGCAGGACCAUAACCUCACAAGGUACGCAAGCCAGGUGAUACUGAGCUCCCCGCACUUUUUAAAUGGAGAUCCAACACUCACUCAGCAGAUCAGCGGGCUGGCCCCAAAUGAGUACGAGCAUGGCUUUUAUAUCGAUGUUCAUGCGGUCGUCUUCACCCUGCUGUUACUUAUGGCCUGUGGAUGCCUCGUACUCGAACGUUUUGUGCCACAGUUGGUCCGAAUUAUAGCCACUACUUCUCGUGCCUGGCGGAAAUACUCUCGAGCUUUUCAGAAAACUGCCCAUGCCUCUUAUGCAGAAGGUUUGUAUGUUCAAUACUACCAAUGCCGAGCAGUUCCUGAAAGGCGACCGCCCUAUUGUCGAAGAACGUGGGCCGUACGUGUUCCGGACAUGAGCUGGGGAGGAGACCAACUAUUGUUUGAUGAGAGUCACACGCUUUACUUUGCACCGGAAUUGUCAAACGGCACUCUCGACAGUGAGAUUGUCACAGUCGAUAUCGUGGUAGCGAGUGUCAUUCAAAUGAUCGAUGAGUUGCCAAAAAAAUUGCAGCUGUUAGCGAAACUAAUCAUACAGUGGCGCUCAAUUUUGUGCAAAUAUAAAGUCCGAGAGCUCCUCUAUGAUGGUUAUUGCCAUUUCUGGGCAAAGAUAGGAAAAAUCAUUCAACCAGAACUGCCCAUGAUCAAUGGAAAGGUUGGAUUUUUGCUGGGGGGAAACGCCUCAAACAACGGCUCAUAUACUGCAUUCUCGAGGGCUUUCGGACAUGCCAGCAAGAUCAGUAUGAUCACAUCACUCGCGAACCGCACUACUAUUUCUUAUUAUGACCGGCCAUGUAACCAGUAUAGUGGCACAAGCCGCAAACAAAAGGACGGGACACACAACGACGUCGUAGUAUUUGCAGAAGAGUGUUUUCGUUAGAUGGAAGCCCACCAGUCCAUUUACAACGGCCGAACAUAUGCAGAAUCUAACAACAUAAAUCGCAUGACCAAAAUCACGUCCAACGUUAUGCGGGGGGUAUUAAACGGAUUAAGCGGGCUUCAUGCGUUUAAAUCCUUUGCUUCAAUAGAAUCGCUUACUGACAUUCGUAAUGGUAACGAAAAAAAAACUCGAUCGUAGUUAUUACUAUGAAGCUACCUUUCAGUGAUUGCGACUCUAUUCACUUUGUUACUACAGGCAUGAUCGUGUAGUAUAUUUGUAAUAAGUUUUUGCUACAAUCGACUAAGCUUAAUUGUUAUUAUUACAAUUUUAUUAGGUAAUAAUAUUUUAGCCUAGUUCGUUAAUACAUUGUACUUUAGGCAUAUUCAUUUAAAGCACUUACACCUUAUAGGCCAAUUGAAACAAAAACGAGGACCCCUCGCCCCUCGGCAUGAUGAAGUAAGCAAAGGUCAGGCCUGAAGCACAGUUAGUUCAGAAAAAUACACUCACCUUUCGACGGCAUGCAAGACCAUGCGAAUCACUCGUGGAGAGUUAAUGAGAAUUACUGACGCAAGUUGAAGAUCUAUGCUAGAAGACUUUUACUGAAGUUCUAAUUUACAGCUGGUUAACGACUCAAUCAACUGACGCGUCACAAGUGUUUUUGCCAGUAAGAAGAUAACUUUACCCGGAGGAAAGUUCGACAAAUAACUACGUAGAUUGAGUAAUGUUGUUGAUGCACUGCGUUAUAAUAUUGGAUGAGUUCUACUGAGAAUGUAGUUUUGCGAAAAAGUAUUAUGCUGUUACAUAUCAAAUGUUUCCAGGAGUAUAAAAAAAAAAAAAACCUGUUUUUUCGUGUGUGAAGAAACUGUUAUAACCACGGCCCGUGAGCAUAACCUACGCGAUUUUCUGCACAUGUCAUAAACACUAAUCCAGAAGACUUGUGCUGAAGUUCCAACUUGGGAAAAAGGAAACGAUUGGUUAUUCAUGAAAAACAAUAUUUUACAGAUCUAAUGUUUGUUUGCCUUAACUAGUUUGUGAUACGUAGAUUAAAAGGGCAGUAUGUAAUAAAGUGAGCUGUCCCAUUUUAGCGAAGACUGGUGACUCUGAUGAAUCGGCUAAAAGUAUGCUAUUUAUCUGUUAGCUAAUAAAAGACCAAGUAACACUUUUUAAUCAGGAAUAAGGUUUAAGCAUUUAUCUUAUGGUAACUACUAAACUGAAGAUGUGAUAACUGAUUCUAUCUUAGGUUAAAUAUUUUAAUGGAUUUAUUGCAACAGGUACGAAGAGCUUUCAAUAUAUUCAUAUUAUUUGAUAUUACUUUUCAUAAUAAUAAGAAGAAAAAGUAAUAAAUGGAUGUUUUACUUUUGCUUGGCCUGAUCGCUGUAUACUUAAAGCAUCUUUACUGGCACUUACGAUCUUUUUAGGUGGCGUGCAGAGAGGGUCUCAAGGCACUCUUUUUAGCAGAUGUUUAGCUCUAUCGUCUCCAACCUUUCUACGAGUCAUUACGAGCUAAACAGGAUUAGAAUAUUCAGUAUUCGUUAUUUAGCAUGGCUGGCAAAGAACCUCUAGCUGAAUGCUAGGCCAUUACAGGUAACAAUUGUCAUUUAGGUAAGAAUCCCCUAAUCUGCACUGUGAAAGAAUGACUUCGAAGCCGAAAUCACUGACUGAGUUAUUCUAGUCAAUUGGCGCAAUUAUAACAAAACGGACAUAUUUGUAUAUCAGGUAUUAUGCUGUCAGAAAUCCUCCGCGGAGGACCGUACGCGUGGACCGUGACACUGAUAACUUUUGAAGAACCUGAAACUCUCACUGUAGCUCAACAAAAAUAGCCAGAACAAUACGACGCAGACGGAAAAGCAGCAUUACUUAUGCUUGUGAACUCAAUACACCCAGGUCUAUUUAUCACCCUACUUUCACCUCAGCUUAAUAGACACACCUUAAAUUUGGGACCUCAUACCGAAAAGACUUAACUAGAUAUCCACUCCCACAAUGAUUUGUCAGGUAAGUCGUCUGUAUCAUUGAAAUUUGCUCAGUCCACCCAGAAUAUAAACCAGUUUACUCUAUCAACAAGAUGGGAUGCAGGUCAAACAGAAUUGCGAUUUGAUUUUCUGCCAAUUGCUGAAGGUAUUACCCUUGAGCUGGGACGCAUUCAAGCAGUCUUGAAGUACAUAGACAAGCAAAAUUAUAGGUACACUACAAACCCAGAUUAUAUCUGAAGGAGUUAGCUAAGGAAGGAGAAGUUAAAACUUAACGAGACGCUACUUACCAGAAUGCAGUUACCAGGCAACAACAGAACUAACCUCAGAAGAGCAGAAUGAUCUAUGAUUAAGUAGCGUUGCACGUCAACACAAAGUAAUAUACAACAAUACAAGCAGGAAGCUCUGUUCUCAUCGCUACAGCUGGGGAUAGUGUAGCACGAUUAUGGAGAAGGCGGGUACAGGAAAUAUUAAUGCGUUUUAUCGCAGCGAAGACUUGGAUAAUAACAACGCCAGCAGCAGCAGCAGCAGCAGCAGCAACAAUAAAGUCAAGGACCUGGCCAAAGCCACAAUAACGAACACAAACGAAUGACAACCUGCUAUCUUCCCAAAAAAGCACAGAGUUCGAAAUGGUCAUAUGCGACAAGUUGUCUACGCUGGCUGUGCCCACAAUAUUGUGAAUUCAAAGCUUCAGUCUACCGUCCAGUUAGCGACUGGACACCGAAGCGUGAGGCAGCGCGUGUAAACAACUACGGAUCCCAGACAUAAACUUUGUCACGUUACUCAUCUCAGCCAACGACAGAGAGGUAUCAAAAAUGUCUUCAUACCAGAAAUGGGCCAGCAUUUAUUCUCUGUACGUAACGCUGUCGAUCGGGGCUUUUCUCUGCAAGCCCACAGCUAAAUUAUAGCGUUCUGUUGUGAGCACAUAAUCCUCAAACCAAAACGAGCCAGAAGGGAAACUUGUAUGAUCUUCAAGCUACUAUCGCAGCUCAAAAGUACAGUUCACAAUUAAACUUAGACGAAACAAUGCCUCAUAUAGGGAAAGAUACUUUCAAGAAAUGGCUAGCUUGAAAAACAUUUUCUAUUACGAUGGUGGCACUGGAUAUGUAUUUUCCCUAACUGGUAGACCGAAACGUGCCAGCUACGAGGGCGAACCCUCAGAGGGAGGUCUAAAAGAAGAAAAUUAACAUCGAUCUGUAACUCACUGGACAUAAUUACUCGUAUUAUUAUCAGGGAUCCUUAUUCGUCUUAAUGAUAAAGAUGCGGACGCACACUCAUUUCAAAGCCCUCACAAAAUACAAACAAGAUGGACGCUCUGAAAUGUAACCUAUAGAUAACAGACAAACACACGAGUAACAUUUUUUUUUUUUUUUCACUUAAUGUUUACAAGUGGGUACAUUUGCAAAAAAUGAAAUACCAUUGAUCUUUGUAACUCGUGUAAUAUUCUUAGCCAUUACUUGUCACCUGAAUCAAAACUGUAUUAAAUUGUUCUGUCAGCUUAUAUAAAUAUAACGUAUAAAUAGUACAUAUAAAAUAAUAAAUAAGAUAAAAAAAUAAAUUGGGCGUUCCGUCGUACUGUGUUUCCUGUUUCCUCCAACGAACGUUUUAGAAGGGAUUUGUUGUUGUACUUUCGACCCUUUUGAUGCUGUUUCGAUAACAGGGAACGUUCAAAAAUUCC